AUUUAACGAAGUACGAUGUUGAUAAUGAUAUUAUUUAUUUAUUUCACAAAUAAAAAAGGUUUUUAAAUUUUUAACUUACAAUACUAUCAGGCUGCUAUUUAUAUUUUAAAUUUCUCCGCUCUCAUUAUACCUUUUAUAUUAAUAGCAAUGACAAGAAAAUGUGUUGUUUGUAAUAAAUUGUACAUUAAGGGUUCAGAUGAAACAUUUCAUUCCUUUCCUAAAGAUGAAACUAGAAAAAAAAUGUGGUUAAAAGCUUGUAAGAUAAAAUUGUGUUUGCCAUCAAACAAAAUAUGCGGAGAUCAUUUUUUACCGGAACACUACUUACUAAGUGGAUACCUCACAAAGGACGCUGUUCCAUUCUUAGCUCCUACGAGUAUGGAUAAACCUUUGAACGCUCAAUGUACCUCUAGCCCUUGUCCAAUUCCUAUAAAACUCCCAUGUAUCGAACGCACAGCUUCUACAAGUACAGAUAAACCUUUGAACGAUCAAUGUACCUCUAGCCCUUGUCCAAUUCCUAUAAAACUCCCAUGUAUCGAACGCACAGCUUCUACAAGUACAGAUAUUAAACCGUUGGAUUAUCAAGGUACUUCUAGGCCUUGUCCACUUCCUAUGAAACUCUCGUGUAUCGAACGAAUAGAUUCUACAUAUAUCAAACCUUUGAAUUAUCAAGGUACUUCUAGGCCUUGUCCAAUUCCUAUGAUAAUCCCAUGUAUUGAACGCAUAGUUUCUACGAGAACAGAUAAACCUUUGAACGAUCAAUGUAUCUCUAGGCCUUGUCCAGUUCCUAUGAAAAUCCCAUGCAUCAAAAGCAUAGUUACUACGAGUACAGAUAAACCUUUGAAUGAUCAAUGUACCUCUAGCCCUUGUCCAAUUCCUAUGAAAAGUUCAUGUGUCAAACCCAUAGCUUCUAUGAAUACGGAUAUAACUUACAGUCCUGAAAGUCGAAAACGUAAGAUAUUAAAUUCCAGCACAAUAGGGGCUUUAUCACCAAGUCAUUUUAGUUCUCCAAGAAAGGCAAAGAGACAUUUGGACAUGGUGAAGAACAAAUUUAAAGAGAAACAAGUUCAAAAUAAUAAUCUAAAAAAUAAAAUCUACAGACUGAAAAAAAAAAUUGAAAAAGAUGGUGAAUAUAUACAAUCUUUAAAUAGACUGCUAAAAGAAAAAGAACAUAAAGAGAUAUUAAAUGCUAACAUAAUAGGAGCCUUAACACCAAGUCAAUUAAUUUCUGCGAAAAAGGCAAAAACACGUUUGGACACAAAGAAGAACAAAUUUAAAGAGAGGCAAAUAGAAAAUAGAAAUCUGAAAAACCAAAUUCAAAGUCCGAAAAAUUAUACAGUUCAACAAGAUCAUGAUUAUACAAUUUUUACAUAGACUAUAUUAUAGUCAGGAGAACAAAAAGUAUUCACUGAUGUGCAAAAUCCUAGCGGUAAAUUUCUGUCAUUGUAUCGCCAAAUUAUUAAAUAAAGAGUCCGCAUUUUGAAUAAUUAUAAUAUCUAAUGCAUAUUAUGUAAAAACAAUGAAAUUGCUGAAAGUCAAAAUUGCCAAUUGGUAACUAAACCAAGAAUAAAGGCAAAAAUAAAAUUAAAAAAAAACAUAAAAGCAAAGGCUGCACAUGGUGUAGUUGGUCGAUUGCACACUGCCUUGGUUGGAGAACCCUUGUUUAUAGAAAAAAAGAUGUUGCUUGCAUAUUUUCAAACAGCCGUUUAUUGUUCUCAUGACUAUAACACCGUCUUUAAAUGAGGUAUUGAGUUACACUGGUGGGUUAUUUGUGACAAAAAUACAAAAUAACUUGUAAUAUAUGUCACAGAUUUUUGAUUGACUGUCCAUAUCACAAUUUUAAACAAAUAAAAUAUAUAUAUCAAAAUAAUGCUGUGAAAAAACUAAGUCAUGAUGUUGUGGACAUAUGUCAGGAAGCAGAAAAUGUAUUGCAAUCCUACAAUUUUUACUAAAUAUUAAACCCAAAAUGUUUAACGAAAUAAAAAACAAAAUAUACCAAAAACCAAAUAUUUUUAAAUUAGAAAGAAGAACAAUUAAAUUACCAUUAUAAAGACCAUAAAUUAUUUAAUACACGUCAUAAUAAGAAUAAGAACACAUAAGAAGUAUGGUUAUUCUUGCUUACUUAUAUAUUUGUUUUCACCAUGCUGUUGGGUCAACAGAAAAAAAAUUGAAAUUCUAUGAGGAAAACAUUUACUAAAAUUAUUUUAUUUUGGAAUGAGUUAUAAGAAAAAAUGUAUAAUUUUGAAAUUAAUUAUUUUUAUUACUUAAAGCUUAAAGUAACUGUUGUAGCAUACGUACAUUGUAUAAAAUUAUUUAUUCUAUAAAAUAUGUGCGUUUUAAUUUUUAAUUACAAUAUGUAUUUGAAACAUUGUAUCAUUGAUUAUAGUAUUUAUAAUCAAUAAUUGUACCUCUAAAUUACACUCUUAUAAAACCUAACUUGUUUCUACACUAUACAUUAUUGAUGAGCAAAAAGUCACACCUUUCAAAAUCAUAAUAUGGACUAUUGAGUAUAGAACUUAUAGUUAUAUGGUUAAUUUUAUAACUUUAUAUCAUUAUAAUGAUUGAUAGUAUUAAAUUUGGAUUUUACAAUUUUAUUGGAACAUUACUUCGUACUAGGGAAUAUCGACUUCACUUGCACCAAACCGCAC